AUGGAGAAAGCUUUCACCACUUUUCUCUUAACACUCUUGUGGCUUCACUAUGUUAUGGUUAAUUCAGACAUGACCCAAACCAACAUUACGACCGAUCAAUUAGCUCUUCUCUAUUUAAAAUCUCAAAUCAUUUCCGACCCCUUUCACUUCUUCAAUGAAAGUUGGCCUCCCGCUACUUCUGUUUGCCAUUGGGUAGGAGUCACUUGUGGUUCUCGUCACCAAAGAGUGAAGUCCUUACACCUUUCCAACAUGGCUCUUACCGACAGAAUUCCACGUGAACUUGGAAACCUCACAUUUCUUGUUUCUCUUGACAUGGAAAGCAACAAUUUCCAUGGAAAUUUGCCUCAAGAAAUGACACACUUGCAUCGGCUUAAGUUUCUUAAUUUAAGUUUCAACAGGUUCAGCGGGGAGGUUCCCUCUUGGUUUGGUCUUUUACACCAACUUCAAGUACUAAAUCUUGGAAAUAAUAGUUUCACUGGUUCCAUUCCUUCUUCAUUUUCUAAUAUUUCCAAACUUGAGACUUUGAAUCUGAAACUCAAUUCCAUAGAGGGUCAAAUCCCAAAAGUGAUUGGAAGUCUUAUAAACCAUAGAGUAUUAAACGUUGGAUACUUUGGAGAUAUCUUAUAA